AUGUUAGUAAGACUUCUCGUAGUAACCUCCUACCUCCUAUUGUUACCGUUUACAACUGGAACAUUUCGUGAGCAAAGUGUAGCGGUAAAAGGCAUUGUCAAUUGUCGUGGUAUCCGUCAGCCUGGAGCAUUUGUACAACUUUACGACGAAGAUUCAGUGCCUCUGUUUGACGACGAUGAUUUACUUGGUUCAGUCACGGCUGACGAACAUGGUGUAUUCUGCGUUCGAGGUUACACUACAGAGGUGAGCAACAUCGAGAAAUGA